CCCUGGCCUCCAUCAUGUCUGGUCGCAGCACCUCCCCUUGGCUGGCACGCCGCACCAGCCCGGCCAACUCUUCUGGGGACUCUGCCAUUGCCAGCUGCCACGAGGGAGGCAGCACGUAUGGCAAGGAGGACCAAGAACCCCCCAAGAGCCACGAGAGCCAGGAGGAAGCCUGCCAUGACUCCCAGCCCUCCUGGCCACACGACUACAGGCCUGUCAUUGUCAAAGAGGAACAGGUGUCCCCUGCCUCCUCCUCUCAUCCCCGGGACACUCCCAGAGGGGCAGCCCAGAGCCAGGGGGAACAAGGGGCUGGAGGGGCUGCUGGAGGAGGUGGAGAGGGUCCCUGGCAACCCCUAUCAGGGUCAGGGCGGAGGAAGAACAGGAAGAACAAGGACACGGUCAGACAUAUUACCCAGCAGGCUGAGAGGAACUGGGAUAGAGAGCGGGACAGGGAGAGAGACAGGGACAGUAGGCCUGGAUCUCCCCUGCCCUCCAUGCUGGCUGUGGCUGGAUGGAACUACAACGGACAGGAAAUCCCAGGGGCAGACGUGACCGAACCCAACAGCUCAGACAGCCGCGGUGAGCGCCUCGACUUCUUCCUCAAACAGGAAGAGGCUCUCACCACAGAGCCCAGCUACCUGGGUUCCAAUGAAUCAGAGGAUGCUGGGGGAGGAGCUGGGGGUGGCACAAUCUCAUCUGUAGCCAAUCUGAAGGCGGCACUGAUGAGUAAGAACAGUCUGCUGUCGCUGCGGGCUGAGAUGAUGGGAGAUGAUAACCCCUUGCUGUAUGAGUACCUGCCCAAAGGAGGACACUCCCUGUCUUUGAAUGACUUCACGGUCAUCCGGAAAAAGUUCAAGUGCCCCUACUGCAGUUUCUCUGCUAUGCACCAGUGCAUCCUAAAGAGGCACAUGCGCUCCCACACCGGUGAGAGGCCCUACCCCUGUGAAAUCUGUGGCAAGAAGUUCACCAGAAGGGAGCACAUGAAGAGGCACACACUGGUCCACAGCAAAGACAAGAAGUAUGUGUGUAAAGUGUGCAGCCGGGUCUUCAUGUCAGCAGCCAGCGUAGGAAUCAAACACGGCUCACGUCGUCAUGGUGUCUGUGCCGACUGCUCUGGCCGGGGCAUGGCGGCGCUGCUGGACCACAACGGGGAGGUGGGAGGAGACAUCUCUCCAGAGGAGGAGCUGUAUCCUGGUGAUCGUUUCCAUGAUGACCAGGCGGAGUGCGAUGGUGACGGAGACGGGGAGGAGGAGAUGAUGGUCGAAGGGGACGGGGAGAUGAUGGGAGAAGGGGAGGAGGAAGGAGGGAAGUGGAAGGACUCGGGGAUGGCCACCGAGGCACAUGGAGCACUGGACAAUGAAAAGGAGGAAAGUGACUCCUCGGCACAGGAGGGGGAGCAGCAGAACGGGAGUGAGGAGAGGGACUUCGCCUGGAUCUCCUAGAACCUGUCAGGCUCCCACUAGUGGCUCGUCAACCAAUCUCUGAAGAUCUCUUGCGAUGAUCUCUCGGGCAGAAUCCUCUGCUCUCUUUACCCAUUCGUCCCACCGUGGGCAGGCCUUCCUUUGAAUGGAAAUGCUGUAGGGUGAUGCGCGACAAUGAUCUAAAACCAUUAUGAGUAACACACUCAAAUGCACGUACAUACGCAAACACAAACACACAGACACACUUAGGCUAUUCUCAACCUUGACUGCCAUAGUAGAAGAAGAGUGGUCAAGAGAUGGCUCAAGUGCAAGGCUUUUUCUGCUUACCUCCUUUACUUCUGAUGCAGUGUUUUUUGUGUUUCUUUUUCUUGAGGGUUCAGGCCAGAGUCCAGUAGUUUUCUACUCUGUCACAACAGGAAUCAACGAGGACGCUGCCAAGGACAUGGCCAACGCUAGACUGCAUCUUUGUAUGUUUGCCAUCACAAUCACCAUGGAAACCAAGGAUCACAGACAGUGUAGGGAAAUAGCCAGGAGGGGAGGGUAGGGUGUCUUGGUCCCACCUCGGCUGCAAUGUUUCUGGGGAAAGUGUCUCUCUACGAGUCUAAAUCUAUUGCAAAGCUACGUGUGUCAGAGGAGCCGGCAGCCCAAAGGCACAUUGUUGAUGCAGAGUCCUACUGCCACAGACUUGCACUUUAAUGACAACUGACUCCUAUCAAAGCCCUGAACCCGUGGUUUACAUUUUUGAUCUGAUCUUUACUUACCUAAACAACUCGGUGACCGCACCUACCUUUAAGGAUAUACUUUAUGUCCUCUUGACUGUUAUCACGAUAUAGAAAUCACUGAAUCUUUGUGCAGAUUGCUGUUUAUAUAGCCUAUGCCUUUCAGUGGGGUCCUUAAUCUUUUCUUCACUUAAGUUUACCACACAGUUUCUAUCAAUCCAUUCCAACAAAUACUGGAGAUUUGACUAAUGUACAUACGAUUUUUGGAAUUUACAAGGGGAGUCGAGUGAGUGUGAGACAGAGAGAGACUGAAAGAGACUUUUGCGGUGAGUGUAAGAGUUUUAACCCUCUUUAUACACAAAGUGGACACCAGUUUCUGCUUCCCUGUUUGGAAAAUCAACACAAAUUGCCAACAGUGGAUCCACAUGACCUACACUAUAAACUCUUUCUUUCUCUCUCGCUGUCUCUGGAGGUUGCGAUGAUAGGACCUGAGAGCCACGUCUCUCACACUUAAGGAGGGGCUGCCAUUUGUUUAAUUAAAAACGGUUCUUUAUUUCUUUUCUUUUUGUCCCCUGUUUCUGUCUUGGUCAGUCAUGUAAUUCCAUUUUCUCAACACAGAAUAUGCAGACUAUCUUCAUGGUUUAUCUUUCUUUUUGGUGAUAUGUUUUCUCUGGCUUUGUGCGGCGAAAAGAAGAGGAUCAAAAUUGUGCUUGAAAUUCCAAGUUUGAUAUUCGUAGAGAGUGUAAUAUUAAUUUGUUUUUAACAGCUAUUUAUUGAAAAACCUGUUUGUGCAUUCCUAAUUUUUGAGAAGUCCCCCCCCCCCCUCUCUCUCUCUUUGUGUUGAUGGAACAGGAUGGGUGUUUGUAUGCAAGAAUGUUUGAGUGUCCAGUCUCCCAAAAAAAAGUCUAUAUUGAUUUCUUAAGAUUAUUUCUAUGUUAAUGACAAUUCAAGUGAGGUAGAUGAGAUGACGUGUCUUCUUCUUAUGAUUAUCAGAACUAUGAUUACUGUUGUUGAUGUUACUAUUAUUAAUUAUUAUUAAGUGCUGGAUGCUAAGCUUUAUUGUGUUUUCUUUUUUUUUGACAUUUUAUAUCUUGUAUGAGAAAAAAAGCUUUUAUACUUUGCCUUGUUGUGGACAGCAAGCCAUGGGGCUUUUAUCAACCUUUUCUUGUGCCAGUUUACUCUUUUUCUGUCGUAUUUGCUUUUUUACCAAGGGGGAAAACAAUUUCACUGUCAAACUUCUCUGUUAGAUAUUGAUUAAAACAUAUAUUCAGCACACGCUUUUGCAUCACUAAUGUACACUAAUUGAUUAAUAUCAAACCAAAAACAAUCUAGUACCUUGUAUACAUGAAGUGCUUUUGUUUCAGUGUGUGUGUGCAGGUGCUUUUUGGAUUUAUUGUUGUGGUUAACAGAUUUGUUGUUGGGUUGUUUUUAUUUUUUGGAACCUGUCACUAUUUGUCACAUGUUGGGGGGGGUGCACAUCUUAUGGUAUUAUUGUGAAUAUGAAGGGCUGUGUGAAAGGACCAGCUAGAUUUAGAAGACCGCAUCUUUAAGAGCAAGCUGAUUUUCUUUUUUCUAGUUUCUACUGCCUCAUGCCUCGCAUGACACACAAUCAAGUAGAAAUGCAGCAUGCAGGCAGAACACUCAUCUAAGACAGCUGAGUGUUGAGUCUACAUGCUCUAUUUCUAUCUGCCAGUGUUUUACUGGCUUGACUCUAGGUCAUUUACAUAAAGGGAAAGUGAGCACUGCAGCAGUAACUCUGGGAAACAUUUUGUUGCCAGUGCUGGUUGCACACAUCAGGCCUCUCUGCUACAGGUGCCAUGGACUGCACAUCCCAUUAACUCCCACUGAGAAAGAGUACAAUGCGAUUUGUGAUGCUUUCUUCAUGUCUGGCAACUGUCUUUAUUUUAUUUCUGUUAUUUAUUGUGUUUUGUUUUGACCCAUUUAUCAAAAAAGUUGUAAUUUUUUGGGUGAAAAAAAGACAAAAGACAAUGGGGUAGGAUUUUUAUGAAUGUCAAUGGUGGGUGUGGAAGGAGCCCAUGAUCGGUGACAAAUCUCUGUCCUGUGGUGCCGAUGAGCCCACUGAGAGACAUCUGGAUGUAUGUCUGACUCCCCGGCCCCUGCGCUCUUCUCACGACCUGUACUGUAUGUGUCCUCCCUCAUACUGGGUUGUACUUCAGGAAAACGUCUGCCAUCAACCCCUCAAUAUGUGCCUCAAUGACAUUUCACCUGUGUGCUUGUGAGAGAUGUGUUUGUGUCGACGGAUAGAGAUGCGACCGAUCAGAUUAGAGGUGCAAAUUGUUUUUGAGGAUAAAACUUCAAAGAGACAAAUCGUGAUGGGCGACGAGAUUCUCCUUCCCACUGUGUGUUGAUGAACUUUUGUGCCCUGAUUCUGUGGUCUUAACUGCAUGCCUGUGCUCAUUUUGUCAUACCAAAGCGACGUCUUCGGCAUCUGCACACAACUGUCUCAUUCCACAUGAUGCAAAACUGGAACUAUUUGCUCUAUUGCAGAUGAAUAUGGGUAUUCUUAGACGUGUACAAAUUGCAAUCCUCAUUUAGCCUGUAUAGCUUGAUUCACACGUGCAAAUCAUGAAGCCAUAGAUAUGGGUAUAUCUAUAUUAUACUAUAUUUCAAAAUUGGCGCUUUUUACUUUACAUUUUGUUCUUCUACUAAGAGUGAUGUGUGUGUAUACCUUCAUAUAUAUGAAUUUAUAUUGCUAUUAUAUAUUAUUUAUUUUCUCAAGUUUCAGAGGGUCUUUAAUUUGUAAAAGGUCGCACUUGAAGCUUGAGUUUUGUUUAUUUUCAUUGGGAAUACUGUUCAAUAUGAUACUGACUUUAUAUUGAUGAUUAUCAUAAACCUGUGUUUGUAACAAAAUGUGUUAAAUAAUCAAAAAAACCUGUCCUGUUUUUACACCUGUUUUGUUUUGGGCAGAUUUAAGUGCUCUUGUGCAGAUAUUUUUCGGUUGAUAGUACUGAUCACAAAACAUUUUUACAGUCAACCAUGAGCCUCCUGUUUUGAUGUUGGGGCAGAGCCUGCCGGCCGCCAAGCCUCUUUUUAACUUCAUGUUUAGUGGAAGAAUUAGCUUGAUUAUUAUUUGCAAAAACCAAUCAGUCUCAAUAAAUUUUGAAAUUGCUGCUGUAAAGAAGUGACCAAUGUAUGCUCUGCCUUCUUUUUUACACCUGUUGGGAGGGUUAAAGGGACUAGUGUUGUCAUAACCACCAACUGUCCAAAAGGGGGCAGAAAAGACAAGUCAAAGAAAGAAGACACAAAGGAAUGACUUCUCUGCAUCGAUCUCACAUUGCCACCUUGCUUUCUUUGGAAGAUUUGUCAUUAAAACAUCCCCUGCAGACAUAAAAGAUAAAUAAAGAAUCUCACAGCAGA